GGGUUUCCACAAAACAGAGGUGAUGAAAAGAGGACGUGAAGAGAAGAACAGCCACGAGACCUUACCAUCGCCAACACGACUUCGUCACGGUGGAGUUAUCAAUAUACCUCUUGAUGUAACCGUGGAGAUACUCAAGAAACUUCCGACGAAAUCUCUAUUGAGGUUCCAAUGUGUCUCUAAGCUGUGGUCAUCAAUAAUCAGCAGCCGUAGAGACUUGAUAGACUCGAUCAUCACUCGUUCUUUGAAUGAGCCUCCGCGUGACGCCCAUAUCAUCUCCCUCGUCUCUUCAAAUUGUUUUCCUAAUAGAAUUUGUAAAAGUUUCAUAGCCUUCUCUUCUACUACUUGCCCUGGAAAUACUGACAAAGAAUUAGUAUUAGUCCCUGGACAAUAUCAUCAAUCCGUUCGCGGCUUGGUUUGUUGUUGGUCUCAUUUUCCGAAUGUGGUAGUUAUAUAUAACCCUACCACGAGGCAGUCCUUUGACUUACCAGAGUUGAAAUAUAAGCACAUGUACAGUUGUGAUUUCUUCUUCGGAUACGACCCUAUCAAGAAUCAAUACAAAGUAAUCUUCCUACCAACAGGCACCUGGGAUGGGAGUUGUCAAGUUUUCACAUUGGGAGAUCCCACAGCAAAGCAGUGGAGGAACAUCCAACACGAUAUUAGACCUCACCAGACGUUGUUAGGUGUGGUUUGCAUCAACGGGACUAUCUAUUACCGAGAAGGGACUCGCAAUCCUCCUUUUCUUGUAGAUAUUAAAUUGAUGAGUUUUGAUGUUAGGUUGGAGAAAUUUGAUCAUGUCAAGGCUCCAAAAGUAUUGAUGCAUUUGCAUCGCGAUUCGACUUUGAUCAACUACCAAGAGAAGUUAGGACUCAUCUCUUGCGAGAGGGUAGUUGAAAUAUGGGUUAUGGAAACACAAGGAUGGUCCAAAUUUUUCUUAUGUGAGAAGGAGGAUUUUCAUAGUUGGAGCAUCGCGGGUACUACUCGUGGUGGUGAGAUCGUUCUUGUCAAGUCAGUGUACUGGUCGUACGACAAGUUACGUGUCUAUUAUUAUGAUUUAAAGGGAAACAGUAUGCGAUAUGUUGACCUUGAAAACUGUUAUACGGAGGAUGGAAACCGUAAGGGAUACGCUUCUACAAUCUGGACUGGCCCGGAUCAUGUCGAGAACAUUAUGGGUUUGCAUUAGAGGAGGUACAUUUGAAUUUUAUAAUAUUUAGACCUAUAAAAAAACUUUUUAAACCAAC